AGGUGGAGGAAGGAGUCGGGGCCGCCGAGACAAAGCCGCAGCCCGGUGACCGGCGCGGGAGUGGGCCCGGGGCUGCGCGGCGUCCCGGUCGGCUGAGAGGGCUCGCGCGCCGCUCCCUCGCAACAGGUCGGCCACCGAGCGCGCGGCCUCGUCCUCGCUCGGCUUCCCCGGGCCCCGCGACCCCCGGGCCACUUCUCCUCGGCCAGGCCGCGGCUGGACCCCCGGUUCCAUGCGGUUCGGUUCCAAAAUGAUGCCGAUGUUUCUGACAGUGUACCUCAGUAACAGCGAGCAGCAUUUCACAGAAGUUCCUGUUACACCAGAGACACUAUGCAGAGAUGUGGUGGAUCUGUGCAAAGAGCCUGGAGAGAGCGACUGCCAUCUGGCUGAAGUGUGGUGUGGCUCUGAACGCCCAGUUGCUGAUAAUGAACGAAUGUUUGAUGUUCUUCAACGAUUUGGAAGUCAAAGGAAUGAAGUUCGCUUCUUUCUUCGUCAUGAACGCCCGCCUGGCAGGGACAUUGUGAGUGGACCAAGAUCCCAAGAUGCAGGUGUAAAAAGAAACGGUGUAAAAGUUCCUGGUGAGCAUCGGAGAAAGGAGAAUGGAGUUAAUAGUCCUAGGAUGGACCUGACACUUGCGGAACUUCAGGAAAUGGCAUCUCGCCAGCAGCAACAGAUUGAGGCCCAGCAACAAAUGCUGGCUACUAAGGAACAACGCUUAAAGUUUUUAAAACAGCAAGAUCAGCGUCAACAGCAACAAGCUGCUGAGCAGGAGAAGCUUAAGAGGCUUAAAGAAAUAGCUGAAAGUCAGGAAGCGAAGCUUAAGAAAGUAAGAGCGCUCAAGGGCCACGUGGAGCAGAAGAGACUAAGCAACGGGAAGCUCGUGGAGGAGAUUGAGCAGAUGAAUAGCUUGUUCCAGCAGAAGCAGAGGGAGCUAGUUCUGGCUGUGUCAAAAGUAGAAGAACUUACAAGGCAGCUAGAGAUGCUUAAAAAUGGCAGGAUUGAUGGCCACCAUGACAGCCAGUCAGCCGUGGCUGAGCUUGACCGCCUCUACAAGGAACUGCAGUUAAGAAACAAACUGAACCAAGAGCAAAGUGCCAAACUGCAACAACAGAGGGAGUGUUUGAACAAGCGCAAUUCAGAAGUGGCAGUCAUGGAUAAGCGAGUUAAUGAGCUGAGGGACCGGCUGUGGAAGAAGAAGGCAGCGCUGCAGCAGAAAGAAAACCUCCUGGUUUCACCUGAUGGAAAUCUUCCUCAACAAGCAGUGUCAGCCCCAAGCCGUGUGGCUGCUGUAGGUCCUUACAUCCAGUCAUCCACUAUGCCACGGAUGCCCUCCAGACCUGAGCUGCUGGGGAAGCCAGGCCUGCCUGAUGGAUCUCUGGUUAUGCAGUCAGCAGAGGGGCCAGUGAAGAUACAGACCUUGCCCAAUAUGAGGUCUGCAGCUGCUGUGCAAAGUAAAGGCUCUAAAACUCACCCCGCUGGCCCCGAUUGGAACCCUUCCAAUGCAGACCUCUUACCCAGCCAAGGCUCUUCAGUACCCCAGAGCGCUGGAAGUGCCGUGGACCAAGUUGAUGAUGGGGAGAUUCCACUGAGGGAAAAAGAGAAGAAGGUGCGUCCCUUUUCGAUGUUUGACACAGUGGACCAGUGUGCUGCCCCACCCUCCUUUGGUACCCUGAGGAAAAACCAGAGUAGUGAGGACAUCUUGCGAGAUGCUCAGGCUGCAAAUAAAAACCUGGCUAAAGUACCACCUCCUGUUCCAACAAAACCAAAACAGAUUAAUUUGCCUUAUUUUGGACAAACCAGUCAGUCACCUUCUGACAUGAAGCCCGAUGGGAAUCCCCAGCAAUUGCCAAUAGUUGCUACAUCCAUGGGACCGAAGCUCAAGCUAGCAGGGCCACAGCCACGGGUGCUACUGUCUCCGGGUGCACCUUCAGGUGGCCAAGACCAAGUCCUGUCUCCGGGAUCUAAGCAGGAAAGUCCACCUGCUGCUGCAGUCCGGCCUUUUACUCCCCAGCCAUCCAAGGACACUUUCCCUCCAGCCUUCCGAAAACCACAGACAGUGGCAGCCAGCUCCAUCUAUUCCAUGUAUACCCAGCACCAGGCACCAGGGAAGAACUUCCAGCAGGCUGUGCAGAGUGCCUUGACAAAGACACAUCCUAGAGGCCCCCACUUCUCAAGUGUGUAUGGCAAGCCUGUGAUAGCUGCUGCCCAGAACUCUCAGCAGCACCCAGAGAAUGUUUAUUCCUCCAGCCAGGGCAAGCCUGGCAGUCCAGAACCCGAGACAGAGCCUGUUUCUUCGGUUCAUGAGAGCCAUGAACAUGAAAGGAUUCCUCGACCACUCAGUCCAACAAAAUUGCUGCCUUUCUUAUCUAAUCCUUACCGAAACCAGAGCGAUGCUGACUUAGAAGCCCUACGAAAGAAACUAUCUAAUGCACCAAGGCCAUUAAAGAAGCGUAGCUCCAUUACAGAGCCAGAAGGCCCCAAUGGGCCAAAUAUUCAGAAGCUUUUGUAUCAGAGGACCACCAUAGCUGCCAUGGAGACCAUCUCAGUCCCAUCAUACCCAUCGAAGUCGUCAGGCUCAGUGACUGUCAACACGGACAGCCCAAUUGACAUCCCAAAUCCAUAUUUACACGUGGAGCCAGAGAAGGAGGUGGGCUCUUCAGUUCCUGAACCAUUGUCCCCAGUGGAUAUGGGGAGUGCCAGUCCAGAGAACAGUGAUGUGCCAGUUCCUUCUCCGGGCCUUGAUUAUGCACCUGAAGGCAUAACAGACAGCAGUUCACAUCACCAGAACAACACAGAAGAAGCAAGCCCAGAGGCCCCCCAUUUGCUUGAAGUAUAUCUAGAAGAAUACCCCCCAUACCCGCCUCCUCCAUACCCAUCUGGGGAGCCAGAGGGGUCUGAGGAAGACUCAGCACGCAUGCGCCCACCUGAAAUCACUGGGCAGGUGUCUCUGCCUCCUGGCAAAAGGACAAACUUGAGAAAAACUGGCUCGGAGCGGAUUGCUCAUGGAAUGAGAGUGAAAUUCAAUCCUCUUGCUUUGCUCCUAGAUUCAUCUUUGGAGGGAGAAUUUGACCUUGUACAGAGAAUUAUCUAUGAGGUUGAUGAUCCAAGCCUACCAAAUGAUGAGGGUAUCACAGCUCUUCAUAAUGCUGUGUGUGCAGGCCACACAGAAAUCGUGAAGUUCCUGGUACAGUUUGGUGUGAAUGUAAAUGCAGCCGACAGUGAUGGAUGGACCCCAUUGCACUGUGCUGCUUCCUGUAACAAUGUCCAGGUGUGUAAGUUCUUGGUGGAGUCAGGAGCAGCUGUGUUUGCUAUGACCUACAGUGACAUGCAGACGGCAGCAGACAAGUGUGAGGAGAUGGAGGAAGGCUACACUCAGUGCUCCCAGUUUCUCUAUGGAGUUCAGGAGAAAAUGGGCAUUAUGAACAAAGGAGUCAUUUACGCGCUGUGGGACUAUGAGCCCCAGAAUGAUGAUGAGCUGCUCAUGAGAGAAGGAGAUUGCAUGACCGUCGUCCGCAGGGAAGAUGAGGAUGAAAUCGAGUGGUGGUGGGCACGCCUUAAUGAUAAGGAAGGAUAUGUACCCCGCAACUUGCUAGGACUAUACCCAAGAAUUAAACCCAGACAAAGGAGCUUGGCCUAAACUUGAGUUAAUGAAGAAUUAAUAAGCUACAAGAAGUACGAUGAUUGUUCUGGAAAAAAAUUCAAAAGACUUACUUUAAUGACAAUGUAGCUGGAAAGCAAUGAAGAAUGUCCUGGAAGAAAUGAAGGAUUGAAGAAGUCAGCAUUAGCCAAGGACAUGGGCAGCAGGGAUCAGGAUGCCCAGUCAGCACCACCUGUGCUGAGCAAAGGCUCGUUGUGCCAUAGAUAGCAGCAACGAUCCUGUUUAUGUCAAGAAAUGGGACCAUUUGUUGGGCUGUGGGAAAUCAUCUUCUUUUCCUGCUUAGGGUGCUUUUGGCACUGUUCCUAUACCAGUCUCCUGCCAGAAAGGACCAGUGCCAUCUGGCACCAUCUCCAACUGUCCCCUAGCACCGGCAGGCUCUGGGGACCCUGGAGCUGCAUACUGUGUGUUAUCAUUGAAGAAUUGUUAGCUGCUUAUCAGUGAGCAAUAUCCAUUGUAUGUGUUCCUGUAGCAUUUAAGCAUUAUGCAUAUAUUUGAAAUACUGAAGCUAAAGUACACUACCUAAUCUAAAUUAGAUUUAGAAUCUUGUUUUUAGGUUGAAUUUGAAUCUAUAUUUAUUGUCUUUUUUGUAUCUUGGAAAUUAGAGAUUUGUAAUAGAUUUAGCCUUAUUUGUCAAGAACAUAGCUGAUUUUAAAAAUGAUUGUAAUAAAAUUAAACUUUAUGACUCUAAGCCA